AUGCACGAUGAUUCAUCAGAAAUAAAUGAUUUGUGGGAAAAUAAUACGGCUCGUCAAAUUUUGUAUCAUGAUCCGAAUGAAAGGUGAGAAAAGCGUUUUCCCCCGCGAAAAAUUCAAUUUUUAUGAAGAAAAAUCUUAUCUUGAUGUUUUUUUGGGGGAAAAACGUGCUAUUUUGUGUUUGACAGAAAAUCGAUUUGAUUUUCUGAUAAAAUUUUAGGAAUUUAUUUUAAAUUUUUCCAAACUUGUGGUUUUUAGGGCAAGUUUUUCGCCAAAAUCGGCUGAAAAUGAAAAAAAUAUUUGAAAAACUAUACUUUUAAUCGAAUUUUAUUGUCUGAUGUCAAAAAACAAAUUUGGGAUGCUAAAUCUAGUCAAAAUGUGUUAUGAGUUCCCGGAAAUUCAUGUUUCUGUACAGUUUUUCACGCUGAAAAAGAUCCUGUUUUCAGUUUUUGCUGAGCGACUCUCUGAAGAGCCCAAAAACGAGCAAAAAUUGGGAAUUUUCUGAAAAUAUUGAGAGCCCAUAACUCAUGUUAGAGAUAAUUUUAUGAAAAAAAACUGGACACAGGGCGAUGUUCAGAAUAUUUUUUCGAAAACAAAAUAUACAGUUUAUUAUUUUUGAGUAGAGACAAUGUGAAAUUGAGAGAGUGCAGACAGUUUUUUGUAUUUUUUGUGCGAAAAAUCAAUUUGUCUGUCUGCACUCUCUCAAUUUCACAUUGUCUCUACUCAAAAAUAAUAAACUGUAUAUUUUGUUUUUUCGCAGUUUUUCUGCAUAGGAAAAAUAUGUUUUUUUGAUUUUGUCCAAAUUUUUUGACUUUUCUGAACAUUGCCCUUUGAUAAAAUCAUCUCUAACAUGAGUAAUGGACUCUAAAAAAACGAAAUUUUCAGAAAAUUCCCAAGUUUUGGCUCAUUUUUGGGCUCUUCAGAGAGUUGCUCAGCAAAAAUUGAAAACAGGAUCUUUUCCAGCGUGAAAAACUGUACAGAAACAUGAAUUUCCGGAAACUCAUAAUACAUUUUGACUAGUUUUAGCCUCCCAAAUAUUUUUUUUGACCAAAAUUGAUUAUCAGACAAUAAAAUUCGAUAAAAAGUAUAGUUUUUCAAAUAUUUUUUCAUUUCCAGCCGAUUUUUUGGCGAAAAAAACCACAAGUUUUGAAAAAUUUAAAAUAAAUUCUCAAAAUUAUCAGAAAAUCAAAUCGAUUUUCUGUCAAACAAAAAUCUCUUAAAAAUAUUGAUUACCAGACAAUAAAAUGCGAUUAUCUAGAAUUUAUUGAAGUUUUUCCAAAAAACAAUGUGUUUGUAGACUUUUUUAUAAUAUUUCCAGCCGAAACUUGGGCUAAAAAUCUCAAAAAACAACAAGUUUUAAAAUUUUAAAAUAAAAAACGUCAAUUCCAGAUAUGACACAUCAUUCUCCGGCAUCUAUUCAAUGUUCUCCGCAUGUCUCGAAUUAUCAAUGUGUUGCUACGUGUAUUUCAUUCCACGAAUGAUCGCAUUUCGAUGUAUAACAAUCGGCGAUGAAAAAAAGAAACCCCAAUUUUGGAUCGUAACUUAUCUCAUGUUUUUCGUCCUAUCUUCAUCGGUUUUGAAUGUAUGCCGAUGUUUCAAGUAAGAAAAUUUUUUUUUGAAAUUAAAUAAAACACUACGAAAUUUUCUAGUAUGGUUUCAUCACCAACGAUUUUAACCGUGUUAUUCUGGCGAUUUUUAGUGCGAUCAUUUCAAGAAUCAAUAAUUCCAAUAGUCUUAUUUAUAUGUAUUCAACAAUUGGCUGAAAUUGAGUCUUUUCAAUUUUCACACAUUUUUCUAGAAAAGUGAGUUCUAGAAAAGUGAUUUCAGACUCCAAAACCUUGAUUUUCAGAGCCUUUCAACACAUCUAUGUUCUAAUUGUAUUUCUAAUCAAUGGAAUAACCAACUUCGUAAGUAUAGUUUCAAUAUUCACCGAAAAUUUCUAUGAUGAUUCAAAACGGGGGCGAAAUUUUGUGACGGAUGUUUUUUUGCCACUCGUCACGUUUUUGGUUUAUAAUUCGGUGAGAGCGAGAAUUCGGAAGGAACGAUAUUAUGAGAGAGCUGUUGGGAAUGAUGAUGGAAAACCGAAUAGUUUGGAUCGGAUGGGAAAAAUUGUGUGGUAUCAAAUGGUAAGUAGAGAAAUAUGUGAAAAAAGUAAAUAAUUUUCCAAAUUUUAUAUUUUCAAAGUAAAAAAAAAUUGGCAUAAAAAAGAGAGGCCAGAAAUUCGAAUUUCCCCCAACUUGGAGACCCCAAGUACGGUAUUUCUCUGCGUCACUAACACCACCACACCAUUGGGCAGAGAAACAGAGUCAAAUACGCACAUAUGGGUCUCGCACCGAACACCGUACUUGGGAAAAAUGUCAUUUCAACUCUUUUUUUGUCAAAUUUUUUUAAACUUCCAUGUUUCUGUACAGUUUUUCACGCUGAAAAAGAUCCUGUUUUCAGUUUUUGCUGAGCGACUCUCUGAAGAGCCCAAAAAUGAGCCGAAAGUUGGGAAUUUUGUGAAUAUUUUUGAGUUUACUAAAUCGAUCCUCCUGAACCUGAACAUCACCCUGUAUUAAAUUUUUGAUAAAAAUCUUCUCUAACAUGAGUUAUGGGCUCUCAAAAUUUUCAGAAAAUUCUCAACUUUUGGCUCAUUUUUGGGCUCUUCAGAGAGCUGCUCAACAAAAACUGAAAACAGGAUAUUUUUCGGCGUGAAAAAUUGUACAGAAACAUGAAUCUCCGGGAACUCAUAACACAUUUUGACUAGAUUUAGCCUCCCAAAUAUUUUUUUGACAAAAAUUGAUUAUCAGACAAUAGAAUUCGAUUAUUUACUGAAAACAUAAAGUUUUUCAAAUAUUUUUUCAUUUCCAGCCGAUUUUGGCAAAAAAACUUUUUUCACAAAACUCAAAAAAAAAGCAGCAGCUCUUUCGAAAAAAAUAUUCAAGUGCUACUACUUUUUCAUAUUUUUUUUUGUCUUGUUCAAAACAUCAAAAUAAAUCCCAAAUGAGAAAAUCACAUCAUUUGUAUUCACAAAAGUACAUUUGAAUGAAAAAUAGACAGAAAUUCUGAAAAUUGAAAAAAAUGUGGAAAAAUUGAACGUUUUGAGAAUAUUCUCUGAAAAUAAAUUAUAAAUUCUGUUGCCAAAAAAUGUAUGUUUCAACUUCUUUCAAGUCGAAAAAAAUUCGAUUCACAAAUUUCCACGUGGAAUUCAGAAAAAAGUGCUGAAAAUUAAGUACAGAUUUAUGCCACGUGGCAGUUUGGAACUUUUAAAAAUCAUUUUCAGGACCUAAAGAAUUGCCACGUGGAUUUUCUAUUUUUAAAUUUCUAAAUGUUUUUUUCAUUUUCAAAAGCCAGGUUGCAAUUUUAUUCACCUCGAAGCAAAAAUGAAAAAUAUCUCACAACGAAAAUUUUUCAAUGAGAAAAUUCAAAAAAUAGGGAAAAAAUAUAGUUUUUUGACAUUUUCUAAAUCGAAUUUUUUGUCAAAAAAAAAAUGUUUUUUUAUUAAUUUUUUUUCGACUUCUGAAAAUAAAUUGUAAAUUAAAAAUUCCAGUUUCAAAUUCCUAAUCCAAAAUUCCUGUUUCAGAUCAUCGCCGUAAUAAAUCUACUUUGCCGUUUGCUAAUUUCGAACGCAGACACCUCGUCCUAUUCAUUCUGCGACUUUUUCCUGAAUUCUGACACACCAGCUCUAACUUGCAUCGCCUAUUUCUCAAUUUUACGCAAAAAACGACCAACUCGCCCGUGUUUUUUGUUAUGUUGUACAGAAGAUGAUAUUUCAAUGCCAAUUGGGCAAACAAGAGUUGGAAUAUCGGGAUGA